AUGGUCUCCCAUAACGUACAUGCACAUCUUUUGAUGGACAUUGUGGAGAAGCUGACAAAAGAUCAUUACAGAAAGUGUAUGGAGAAGAGGUUCAAGGAAAUGGUGGAAAGUCGGGGUCUGGACGCUGCUCAGUCCGAAAUCAAUGAUAUGGACUGGGAAAGCACCUUCUUCUUGCGCCACCUUCCUGUCUCGAACAUAUCAGAAAUCCCAGAUCUUGAUGAAAAUUACAGGAAAGCAAUGAAGGAAUUUGUAGUGGAUUUAGAGAAAUUAGCCGAGCAACUCUUGGACUUGCUGAGUGAGAAUCUUGGGCUGGAGAAAGGAUACCUGAAGAAUGCCUUCUAUGGAUCAAAAGGCCCAACUUUUGGCACAAAUAUCAGCAAUUACCCUCCUUGUCCCAAACCAGAGCUAAUCAAGGGCCUCCGGGCACACACAGAUGCCGGUGGCAUCAUCCUUCUCUUCCAAGAUGACAAGGUCAGUGGGCUGCAGCUUCUCAAGGAUGGCAAAUGGGUGGAUGUGCCCCCAAUGCGCCACUCCAUUGUGAUCAACAUUGGUGACCAGCUUGAGGUAUAUAUACAACGAUAUAUACAUACUAGUUUUCAAGUUUCAAGGACCAUUUUCAUCUUCAUCCACAAUAACUUUCGAAAGAAACGUGUAAAUUAA